GACCACAUAACAUUUCUUACUAUUAGUUUGCAAAGGCUGUUCGUUGGGCAUUUCCUCGUCGUCAUCUCUCUCUCCUCCUCUCUUCUUUUUCUCUAUAUAAUUCUCAUCUCUCACAUUUUUAUUUUAUUGCAUUCUCCAACCAAACCUCAAAUUCCAUUUAACUUACCUCUAUUUUCUUCUUCUUCUUACUACCUUCAAUAGCAAUGGAUAACACCAACCGCCAUCGCCGUCGUAAGCAACAGAAAGUUACUCUCCAGGACUCUGAAGAAGUGAGCAGCAUCGAAUGGGAGUUUAUCAACAUGACAGAACAAGAAGAAGAUCUCAUCUGUCGAAUGUAUAGACUUGUCGGUGACAGGUGGGAUUUAAUAGCAGGAAGAGUGCCAGGAAGACAACCAGAAGAAAUAGAGAGAUAUUGGAUAAUGAGAAAUAGUGAUGGCUUUGCUGAGAAACGACGCCAACUUCAUCACAGAAAAAACAAACCACACCGUCCACGUUUUUCUAUUUAUCGUUCUUAGUUUUUGAUGUCAUCUAAUCUAUUAAUUUAGGGAUUAUCUACUAUUUGAAGUUCUCAUUUAAAUUUUGGACUCUUUCAUAAUUGUUGCUAGAAUAUAUGAUGUCUCUUAUACAAUGCAACCUACCAACUUAAAUUAAACCAAAUCUUAACCAACAUAGAUUAGUUAAACCUAACCAAUAACACUUUUAUAAUAUUUUUGGUUAAUCUCUUAAUAUAAUUAGAUCUAGGACUGGGCGUUCGGGUACCCAUUCGGGUUUCGGUUCAGUCCAUUCGGGUUUCGGGUUUUCGGGGUCAAAGAUUUCAGCCCCAUUCGGAUAUUUUUAAAUUUCGGUUCGGGUUUGGUUCGGAUCUUUACGGGUUCGGUUCGGGUUCAGAUAACCCAUUUAAAAUGUUUUUAAAUUUUCAAAAUUUAUUAUAUACUUUUGAAUUCUAUAUAUAUUUAAUAAAAUAUUAUAUAUAUGUCUAAUAUGUAUAUAUAUAAAUAUUACACAAAAUAUAUAUAAUAUUAUAUACACAUAUUAUAUAUACCAUAUAUUAUUAAUUGAAAUUUGACAAAUCAAUUUCCGCCCUUUAGGGCGGGUCCUAAUCUAGUUAUAUUUUAUUAUUCUGUUUUCUGCCCCCGCCACGAAAAAAAAUUGAUAGAUGUUUAGUUGUAGUAUUAUCUAGCGUAACGUUUUCAAAAAUUAGCGUAACGAAAUUAUUAUGCCUG